CCUCGUGCUUCACUAGCUCCGCGACAUCUUGAGACGUAGAGGGUGUGUUUUCAAAUUCUUAUGCGAAUGGCCAGAGCUGACCCAUUCAUAAAAAAAAGCAUGAAUCACUUUUGCUUUUGGAAGAGUUAAGUUGGACCCAUUCCGUAAAGAAAUCAUGAGAGUGCCUUUUCGAAAUAUUUUAGUAUGUUUUCUUGCGUGGAUGUAGCCGGGGUGCACCGAGCUGGGGCUCAGCCACUACUUUCCUACGAAAUCAUUCAAAGUCUUAUGCGAAUGGCCAGAAUGGCCAGAGAGGAUCAUUACGUGCUUCUGGGGGAAUGUAAUACAUAUCAAUCAACAACAUGUUAGCAUCAAUCGCUAUGUGCUAAUACAGCUCCCGUCUAUAGGCAUGUACUACUCAAAUUGUCAAUAAAAUUAAGUUGGAACGGAUCAAUCCCAUCUAAUCUAGCCAUGAUUUGACAACAUAAUGGCCGGCCGCCACAACCACUCUUGCUGAUUUUGUUGAAGCACAAACCGUAGAACAAUAGUUCUAUGGCUCUUGGUGAUUUACUGGUUAGAAAAUCGUCAUUCCACAUCAGCAUCCACGGCAAAGUUUUAUUAGGCAUGGGAAGCAGCUAUUGUCGCAUCCCUUGGGUCACUUCUCUUGCAUUGUGCAAAGAGUUGUCAUACAGUAUUAGCUGCAUAUAUAUUUCAAGUUGGCCAUCCACUUGCAAGUUUUCGUUUGAUGCGGAAAGCAUAUUUUUGCCGGUAGGUGGAUGGAUGCUUUCUAUGGAGGCAAGUCACAAUCAUUUGCGCAUUCCUAGCCGCCGGCAUUCGUUUUUUUAGAUGAGCAGUAAGGAAUAUUAUAACCACAACUAGUCGUCGCAAAAAGAAAAAGUUGAGUAUACGUCGUGCUGUGAGAACUUGUAAUUUUACUCUGCCUUAUCUGGCAUGGCAUCUACUCCCUUCAUCCGAAAAAACUUGUCUCUCGAAUGGAUGUAUUUAGCACCAAGUUAGUGCUAGAUACAUCCAUUUGAGGGACAAGCUUUUUCGGACGGAGGGAGUACGCGGUAAAAUUGUCAAGGUCCUGUCAAAUAAGCCAAUAGAAAUCCAAGCUAUGAUCAACAAAUCAAAGAAGAGAGGAGGUAAAAAUGACAAGUCAAAGAUGUAGGCUCGGUGAAAAAAGGCCCAAUAUUAUUGUGUAGAGAUAGGUGGCCUAGUCCACCAUAGACUAUAUGCACCAAUCCUCGUGAAGAUGGAAGAAUACAAGAGCAGCUAUAGAGCCGGUGUUCAUGUGACCUUGCACAUCUCAAGGACACUGAAUAUUGAUUAAUACAGGAGUAGGUUUGGAGCACAUGGGCAGCCAUGUGCCCCGGAGGAAUCUCCACCAUGAAAUGAGAAACAAUUAAGAUUAGACUUGUGAGCGAAAGAGCAACCAAUUAAGACGCGACUUGGUUAAACAGAAAAGAGAGAAGACUUUGCAGUUGUUUUAAGAGUGCGCCAAGACACGAGUUGGGAGCACAACCAACCUCAUACACUCCAACCAACUUCUAAAACCACACAGCGGCCAUGGACGCCAAGCUGAUGGCGGCCACCGACGGUGGCGAUGUCAACAAGUUGAAGGUUGGGCUGAACAAGGAGGAUGCCAUGUUGAUGGUUGAUGCGACGGCGACGAGUAAGAAGCCUUCCGAAGAGGACCAAUCCCCAGCUGGUAUCAUCAACCCCUUGCUUCUGUUAUCGGCGCGUGAGGGCUCCUUGAUGGCGUUGAAUGUCCUUUUAGAGAGGGAAGACGCAAAACGUCCACCACUGAUGAUUAUUUCUCAAGAAUUUCUCGAGUUGGUAGAGGGAGGCAGCAGUGCCCAAGGAAGAACUGCAGUGUCAAUUGUUGGUGAUGUAGAAGGGGGCGUCGAUGAUCAGCCUGCUGCUUCACUUGCAGUUGGAGCACUCCUCAAGGGCGUCACUCCUGAUGGUGAUACUGCACUACAUGUGGUCGCGCAGAAUCAGGAAAAUGGCAAACAUUUCCUGGAGUACGCCGGCAUCAUCUACGAAAGGGGCAGGGGCCUCCUGUUUGCCAAGAAUCACAGGGGUGACACACCCUUGCAUUGUGCUGCCCGAGCUGGGAACUCCAAAAUGGUUUCUCAUCUCAUGAAUCUAGCUGCACGUUCGGGUGCUGACAUGAAGCUCAGGCUCCUGAGAAUGGAAAAUAAGCGUCACGAGACAGCCCUCCACGAGGCUGUCCGAUUUGAAGAUGGUCGAUUUCUGGGUCGGAAAGAGAGAAGGGCAUUGAUUGAUGCUACUACUCACACCGCCGCAGAAGAAAGGAAUAAGGAUGAUGCUGCCGGCGCACAGGAAGAAAAGAAUAUAGUCAAACUGCUGAUGGGUGCUGAUCCAGAGUUAGCUAAUUAUCCUGCAGAUGGCGUUUCACCCUUGUAUCUAGCCAUCUUGCUGGGGAAGAGUACAAUUGCAUUGAUUCUGUACGAUAAGAGUGGUGGCAAUCUCUCCUAUUCCGGAGCAAAUGGACAAAAUGCCUUGCAUGUUGGUGUUCUUCCACACAGAGACUCAGUGAUGAUGGAGUUCCUAGUGCAUUGGAACAAAAGCCUUACUACCCAAGUGGACAAAGAUGGGAGAACGCCACUUCACUUUGCUUCAUCGCUGAUUUUACGGACUGGCUCGUAUCUGACACUUGAGCUCCUUGGCAGACCCCCUUGGUGUCAUUUUGUAUGGAUUCCCCGGAGAUCUACAUCGGUGCUCGAGAUAGUAUUCAAAGCAAACCCCGCAGCAUUGUAUCAAGCAGACAAGAAUGGAUCAUUCCCCAUACAUUUGGCUGCCUCUGUAGGUGCCAAAGAGGCCAUACUGUUUUUCCGUGACAAGUAUCCGCAUUGUGUUGGAUUGCGUGACGCUGAAGGAAGAACAUUCCUUCAGGUCGCUGUUGAGAAAGAAAUACUGGGCAUACUCUUCUACGUAUGUGAAACUCCAUCUUUAGCUUGGAUUCUGAAUAUGCAAGACAAUGAUGGAAACACUGCACUGCACUUAGCUAUCCAAUCUCGGAACUUUAGGAUGUUCUGCGCUCUAUUUGGGAAUCCAGAGGUGAAUCUGAAUAUAACAAAUUACAAGGGGGAAACUCCGUUGGAUUUAUCCAUUAUUAGUAAGCUUUCAUACGGAUUGAAUUUUAUAGAGAACUCUGAGCAUAAAAUAUGCCACGCCUUGAAGUCAGUUGGGGCAAACUAUGGUGUCAUUCGCUGGGAUAAGGCUGAGGAACCAUUCCGUCGGCCAUCAAACCCAGAGGAGGAGGACCAAGCAUCACGGAGGCUGAAAGAUGCAGCACAAACCUGUGUUGUUGCUUCAGUCCUAAUAGCAACUGUUGCGUUCAGUGCAACUUUGGCCAUCCCUGGAGGUUAUAGAGCUGAUGAUCAUACAAAUGAAGGCACACCAAUAUAUGCCGGGAGUUAUCUUUUUGACGCGUUCAUUAUGUCCACCACAUUAGCUUUCAUAUGCUCUUCUCUAGCUACCCUUGGCUACACGUUUUCUGCAAGUCCCUUUGUUAACUUGGUCACCCGCGAAGUCUACACAGUCUUAUCCGUGCUUUCCUUCUCGAGUUCAUUCGUAUGCAUGUCUAUUGCAUUUGCACUGGGUGUGUAUAUGGUGCUAGCCCCGGUUGCUCGUAAUACUGCCGUUGCGGUCUGUGUUAUUACUCCGACCAUAUGGCUUGGUACAAAUGUGGAUAGUAUUUUCAAGUUGGUUAUUCUUGCACGACCGCUAUGUAUUAGAAAGGGUCUAUUCAAAGGAAUGGUACAAUUACUAAGGAUGUACGCGCUCUUAGUGGUCACUACACUUUGGCCCUUCAUAGUUACCUUUGGUUGGGCUGCGUUGGCAAGAAUCCACCGUCACCGCUAAAUCCAUUUUAUUUCCUUUGAUAAGGAGGGUUUGUAAGCAUGUUCUUGUCCGGAACUGGUGUUACGGAAGUAUUUCAUAUAAGACAUUAUUUCUUAUGA